AUGGCCCAAGCCUAUACAGACCGAUCCUUCUCAGAAGAACCCCAACUUGAUGUGAAAAUAUCACGGGAAAGAGAUGCGGGCAGGAAGAAUGAACCUGAGGAACCUCAACAUGUCCUUCACAUGAUCAUCGGUGGAGUCGACGUCCCACAAGGACCUAUAUUCAAGCGUACCAAAGUAUCCAUUCGAAGGGAGAAACGGACUCGGGAUUACAUGCCCGAGGACACCCUCACAUUCAGCGAGGAAGACAUCAAAGCCGUAUCUCAGCCUCACAACGGUGCACUGAUAAUUUCUAUCCUUUUAAAUAAAGUUCAAGUUAAACGUGUUCUCAUGGAUGUAGGUAGUUCGAUAAAUAUAAUCCAGUCAAAGGUCGUGGAGCAACUCGGGUUGCUCGAUCAAAUCAUACCGGCAUCUCGAAUCUUGAAUGGCUUUAACAUGGAAAGUGAAACAACAAAGGGAGAAAUCAUCCUCCCAGUCAACGUGAUCAGAACCAUACAAGACAUAAAAUUUCAUGUCGUCGAAGGUGACAUGAGGUAUAAUGCUUUGCUUGGAAAGCCGUGGAUCCAUUGCAUGAGGGUGGUGCCAUCGACCCUCCAUCAGGUGAUGAAGUUCCCAACAAAGGAUAGCGUGAAAACAGUAUUUGGAGAGCAGUAUGCAACUAAGGAGAUGUUUGCAGUGCACGACUUGACACCGGUUGUUGAGGACGAAAAAGAAGAUUUUCUCACCCCCCGAGCCUUCAUUGCCCCCAAAGAAUUGGAUGCGACGAAGUCCAUAGUCGAGGAACUCGAGCAGGCCAUAUUGAUCAAGUAUCUUCCAGAAUGA